UGGCGUUUAUCAGAGUGGUUACUAUGAGGACAAAGGGCGUGUGCUCCCCAACCCAAGAUAGCCCAGCGGUCAGUCUCGCUGCUGUCUGUGUCGAAGCCCCAGGACGCACAGCAGUCUCCCGGGGGCCUGAUGCACCACCAUGAGGUCGUGCCUGUGGAGGCCCAGCCGUCUGCGCCAAGCCGUCUGGCCCUUGGCUGUGGCCAUGUCGGUUUUCUUGCUGAUCACCCUGCCCUCCUUCAUUAAGGAACCUAACACAAAGCCUACCAGGGCUCAGAAUAGAGAGAACAUUAGAGAAAGGUGUUCCAAGUUGCUCCAAGAGGCCCCGCCCCCCACACCCACCGUGGACAGGAGGACGCCUGCCCAUGGAGGGUCUGCACCAGAGAACAGCACCCUGGCGGCACGUCCCCGGGUCACAGGCCACCCCGAGGCCAGAGAGCCCCACACAGCAAGGACGGCACUACUCAGGACUCAGGAGAGAGCGGACACCACGGCGGACACGCCAUCCCAGAGAAGCCAGGCCAGGGGGAGGACCCCCAAGGGGACAGAGGCACUGUCGUCGAAGAGGCAGGACGUGAGGACAACCAAAGGAGAGAGGGGCAAGAACGAAAAGCCCACGGCAGCAGGGACAGCGCCAGCGAAGCCUCGGGCACCCACAGCAAGGACAACCGUGCUGGGACGUCAGGCGGAGGCGCUCACCGCCGGGGGACCAGGACUGUCCCCGAGGAAAACCACAGAAGGAGUGACCACGGCAGCAGCCCCGCCCAAGCAGCGAGCCCCAGCUCCCCCGAGCUCAGUCCCUUCCCGGGGCCCCACCGCUCAGACAGGUCCCUGGCUGCGGGCCGCCAACUUCAAGUCUGAGCCCAAGUGGGAUUUGGAGGAAAACUAUAGCCUCGACGCGGGGAGCCUGCAGACGACCUGCCCGGACUCUGUGAAGGUGAGAGCUUCCAAGUCGCGCUGGCUCCAGAACCUCUUCCUGCCCAACCUCACCCUCUUCCUGGACUCCAGACGCUUCAACCGCAGCGAGUGGGACCGCCUGGAGCACUUCGUGCCCCCCUUCGGCUUCAUGGAGCUCAAUUACUCCUUGGUGCAGAAGGUGGUGACGCGCUUCCCCCCAGUGGCCCAGCAGCAGCUGCUCCUGGCCCGCCUCCCUGCUGGGAGCACCCAGUGUAUCACCUGUGCCGUGGUGGGCAACGGGGGCAUCCUGAACAACUCCCACGUGGGCCACGAGAUAGACAGCCAUGACUACGUGUUCCGAUUGAGCGGCGCUGUCAUUAAGGGCUACGAACAGGACGUGGGUACCCGGACAUCUUUCUACGGCUUCACGGCCUUCUCCCUGACUCAGUCACUUUAUGCGCUGGGCCGUCGGGGUUUCCCGCACGUGCCGCUGGGGAAGGACAUCCACUACCUGCACUUCCUGGAAGGCACCCGGGACUACGACUGGCUGGAAACUCUGCUCCUGAACCAGACCUUCGUGAAAAAGAGCCUUUUCUGGUACAGGAGCAGGCCCCAGGAAGCUUUCCGGGACACAAUGCGAUUGGAUCAGUACCUGCUGCUGCACCCAGACGCGAUCCGCUACAUGAAGAACAGGUUUUUGAGGUCUAAGACCCUGGACACUGUUCACUGGAGACUAUACCGCCCCACCACGGGGGCCCUCCUGCUGCUCACCGCCCUUCAGCUCUGUGACAAGGUGAGUGCCUACGGCUUCAUCACCGAGGGCCACGAGCGCUUUUCGGAUCACUACUAUGACACAUCGUGGAAAAAGACAGUCUUUUACAUCAACCAUGACUUCAACUUAGAGAGAAUGCUCUGGAAGCGGCUACACGAUGAAGGCAUCAUCAGACUGUACCAGCGCCCCAUCACUUCCAACCAAAAAUCGGACUGGGGCCCUUCCAAGGCCCCAACCAGGCUCCCCGCCUCUCCAGGCCUCUGAGGAUGUUGGUACAGAGGGUCGCCCUUGAGUGGCUUGGAGACCUCGGGACGUUGCCGACGUUUCUGUUGCCAGGAUGGGGAAGAAGGGCUCCCUUCUUGAGACCAAGGGGUUUUUAACGAAAUGGGGUGAUGAGCGGUCAGCACAAAUCUCUGCUGGAAUCACCCGUCACUAUCCGAAAGCCACUUGACACAGAGGAAAGAGGCUGAAUUUAGGGAACCAUAGGUUUGGGUUUGAAUUCAGGUCUUACACUCAGCAGCUGUGAAACCUUGAAGGUGGUUGUGCAUUUCACUCUGUGUUGUCCAGAGCAGCAGUUUUCAACCGGUGCACCGCAAGGAUUUUUAAAACGUGGAACACCUGACUGUUUAGUCAGGGGCACUGACCCCUUCUUCUUUAGACUGUCAAAUUUAAAAAAUGACAAGAGUGGCCCUGACUGGCACGGCUCAGCUGGUUGAACGUAGUUCUGCAAAGCGAAAGGUUGCUGGUUCAAUGCCCACUCAGGGCACGUGCCUAGGUUUGUGGGCCAGGUCCCCGGCUGGGGUAUGUGAGAGAGGCAGUCUAUCACUAUUUCUCUCCCUCCCUUCCCUUCUCCCUAAAAAAUAAAUAAAUAGGACCUAGAAAUGAAUUUUUAAAAAAAUUUAAUGACAUGAGCCAAUAGCCAUCUGGUGUGAAAGAAUCAAAAUUAUACCUAUUUUUCUUUUGUCAGAUUGGCAAAAAAUGUAAUAUAUCUUUUGGUGUCCCACAGAAUGUUAAUUAGUUUACGUGCACCGUGAGAUGAGAAAGGUUGAAAAUUGCUGGCCUCGAGGACCCUUCCAGGAGUUACCUGAUUCUAAAACAGUCUGCACCACUCCUUGUCUUUGGGCUGUUUGACAACUCCCUGGGUGGCAGAAAACUGAGGGUAAUAAAAGUCCUCGCCCACGGAGAUGUACACAAAUGCUGCACAGGGAAGGCACAGGGGAUGAUCCCCCCGUGGACAGCGACCCGUUCCUCAUUGCUGAGCAAGCUCCUGUUGACGUC